AUGUAUCCAAGAUUGGACCCACCUCCCCACAGCCACGGGCCCACAGCUCCCCAUGGCGCCCUACACACCGAGCUCGACCGCAAGAGGGCACAGCUCCAGAAGGAACAAGCCGAGCAUGCAGAGACGAGGGAAAGGCUGGCAGUGGCGAUUCGGGAAAGGGACCGGGGAAGGGACGAGCAUGCAGAGAUGGCGGUGGCGGUACGGGAUAGGGAUGAGCAUAUAGCGAGGGUGGAGGAGUUGCUACAGGACGAGAGGGUGGAGCAUGCAGAAGCUAGGGAAGAGCUGGCCGCGGUGUCACGGGAAAGGAAUACGCUGAAGCGAUAUUGCGAUGAGUUGACCACGACGUUGCGCUGCUUGACAGGCCAGAGAUAG